UUAAGAAAAAUCUUAAAGGCGAAAGGGUGGGUGAGUAGAAUGUAUGCAAUUUAAAUUGAAUUUUAUGUUUUAAUUUAAUUUGUCAUCAGUUUCAAAUAUUGCAAUAGUUUUUUAAGAUUGAAAUAUUGUAAAAUUAGAAUGCACCCAGAUUUAUCGCCACAUUUACACACUCCUGAAUGCAAUAGGUUGAUUGAUUUGUUGAAAGCGUGUCAUACAGAGAACAAAUUUUUGAGGUUUGUUGGUCAAUGUAAUGAGAUUGACAGAGAGUUGUGGCGGUGUUUGAAAAAGGAGCGUGAAGAGAAUAUAAGAAAUAAUCGUCGGAAAGCACAAGAAAAACAUCAGCGAAUACGUGAGAAAAUUAAAGAAGCAGAAAAAAUUUCAACUUAA